AUGGUCAUUGUGAAGGGAAAAAAAAAAAAAAGCCAACGAGAGCUGCCACAGGACACGGUGCGGCUGAUCAAGAGCACUCAGGUCAUCACCACUCCCGUGUCUCUCGUGAAGGAACUCCUGGAAAACUCAAUAGAUGCUGGCGCCACGUCUGUCACCAUCAGACUGGAGAAGUAUGGGUUUGGUCUCGUGGAGGUCCGAGACAAUGGCAGUGGCAUUGAAGAGGAGGAUGUGAAGUUCAUAGCCAAGCCACAUUUCACAUCAAAGAUUGAAAGUUUUGCUGAUUUAGCUUCACUCAACACCUAUGGAUUCCGAGGUGAGGCUCUGGCUUCCCUGUGUGCUGUGGCAGAGGUUUCCAUCACCACCAAGACCAAAGAUGGUGUGAUGGGCCACACAUACACAUUUGAUCAUGCUGGUACUGUUACAUCUAAGAAGCCUGCUGCUGCACCUAAUGGAACAUCAAUCAUGGCAAGAAACUUAUUCAAAAACCUGCCAGUUCGAAAACAGUACUACAGUUCAUCAAAAAGACAAAAGGAAGAAUUAAAGAAGGUUGAGGAUUUAGUGCUUGCAUUCACUCUAGCAGCCCCAGUGGUACACCUCACACUAUCACACGACAAGCUUACAGUCAUCCAGAAGAGUUCAGUCAAGAACAUCCAAGAGGCAUUGAUGAGCACAUUUCCAGCAGUGUACAAGGAUUUAGUGUUAAGAAAAAAGAAUAUAGAAGAUAUUCAUAUUGAGACAUACCUACCCUGCUUGGGACCCAAUGAGAAUCCCAGCUUAAGUCGCACUACACCUGACCGAUUUUUUGUCUUGGUUAAUCAGCGGCCAGUUGUUCACAAAUCUAUUGAAAAGGUGGUAAAGGCAUUUUACAGCCAGAAGGUACAAGGCAGUCACGGCCGGUAUCCCUUGGGUGUGGUGACCCUGUCUGUGCCUCCUGCUUCUGUGGAUGUGAACUUGGAACCCAACAAGAACAAGAUACUACUAAGGAAUGAGAAUCAAGUGUUAGAAACAGUACAGGAAAUCUUGAGUGAAUUGUAUGGUCCACUUGAGCAGCACCCCAAGAAGUCUAAUGAUGACAUUACAUGCACCUUUGGAGGUUUCAAAAAAGACUCAGAAAUGCUGGAAGAAGAAAAUAUUUAUAAUUCUGAAAAUAUAGAAACUGAAGAUUGUUUCCUUGACAUAAAUAAUAAGAGAGGAGCACUAGUGUGUAAUGGAAAAACUGGCGCGGCACACACCAAACAGGCCACUGUUGGAAGAGUUGACAGAGGCAAAGCAAUCUCAGGUACCAUGAGAGACAGUGAGAAAUGUGGUAGUGCACUCAAGAAAGAUAUCUUCAGAAAACCUUUCCAAGUAAAACAGGUGGAAAAAGAACAGAAAAAUACUAGUCUUAUCAGUAACAAGACAGUAACUAGUAGUGCUCAGUUAACUCUUAAUUACAGAAAUGCUCUGGAAGAAUCAUGCCAUGGUAAAGAUAAUGCUGUGUGUGCAAGCACUCCCAAGGAUUCAAAUGAUGCUUGCUUUCCUUCCAUAUCUGAAACUAGUAUUGCAUCUGAUGAUGAUUUUGAAGACUUUUUGAGUGAGAAAGAUUUGAAUGUUAUCAAAGGAUUUGAAAAAGAAAUAUCUGGGAUUGCACCUCUCCCACUUUCUUGUAUAACUGAGGUGUGUGGAAGUGGUUGUGUCAAAGAGAAUGAUACACCUGUGGAGCAAAAUUGUAAAGAUGCUCAUCCUAAAUCAAAUUCUGAUGAAGAUAAGCUUCAUGAAUCUUUCACAGGAUCAGAUGGAAUUCCUGUUUACAAAAUUCCCCCUUUACCUCCAUUUGAGGGAACAAUAAAUAAACAUGUAAAUGACAAAUCAGAAGUGUCACUGGAAGACAUUUCGCCAUUGCACUCUGACUUAGAAAACAUCCAGGAUGGAAAACCAAGAGACCCUGAGGAAAGAGAAGGAAGUAUUGGAGGAGCCUGGAGCAGAGGCAUGCCAGUGGAUGGAAAAAAUAUUCAAACAGUUCAAUUAGUCAGUACAGCAACUCUUGGAUCAAAACUUGUAUCAGCACAGGAUGUAGCGAGGAGAGCCAAACGUCAUGUGCCUGUUGAACCUGGUGGUGUGUCAGCUACACCACCAAAGAAGACCAAGAUAAACUCAUUAGCUCCUGCUGAUUAUGAUCAUACUCAAGGAACACCAAUGAAAAAACCCUCAAGCCCAUUUAUAUUGUUUGCAAGAGAUAUUCGUCGUCAAGUGCUGUGUGAACAUCCUGGAGCUGAUUUUGCAUUUGUGGCAAAGGAGAUGGCAGACAGGUGGAAAACUUUGGACACAGACUCCAAAAACCACUACAAAGAGCUGGCAAAGGCUGAGGCUGACAGAUAUCACAUGCAAGUGAAGCGGAUUAAAGAAAGUCGAGCACGUAGUGGUGGCUCUCCAUUGGCUAGAGGAUGCAAUACUGCAGGUUCUCUAGAUAAGUACAUUGCCCCACUCACACCUUACAUAAAGGGCAAAGGAAAAGUCAUACAGCAAGAGCCUUUUGUAGGCGAUAGACCUUGGCUCCAACACAGAAAAGAAAUCAAAUGCUCACUGGACACUUUAAAAGAAAAAAUUAAUAAAAGAACCUAUGCCAAAAAUACCAAAAAUACCAGUGAUACCUUGACAGUACUUGGGCAGGUUACUUCCAUUGGAGGCUGGUUGUGUGUGCAAGGAUCUGACAUUGUAGCUCUGAAUGUGUACAGAGUCUACGAAGUUGUCUUGUAUAAUAAUCUUUUGAAGACUUUUAGAUUAUCCAUGAAGCCUCUUGAUACUUCGAUACCCUUCAAUGCAAGCACUGUUGGAGUGGAGAAUUGGGCAGCUUUAUUGAAGCUACCACGAGAGUUGGUUCCUGAUUGCAAUUUUUAUUGGGUCACUGAUCAAAGACUCAUUGCUAAUGGGUUUCAUGUUGCUUUGUUUCCUGGUGCCACAGCUAGUGUUACUAUAUCUCAUGGAGAAGUCACACAAAUGGCUGAUACCAUUAAGUUUUAUGGGAUCACUGACUUGAAGGAGAUUCUGUCUCUUCUGGCUGCCUCUCCUCUUGCCAGCCUGCAACAGACACGCCCUCUCAAACUGCAGCAUUGGAUAAAGGAAGAAGCUGUGAGAUUGGUUCGAUCAGCACCAAACAUUUUAAGGCGAGAGGAUGUCCUUGAAAAAGUGAAGAGUUUACAUUUGCUAAGGAAUGGAAGUGAAGAAGUGAAGCAGCUGCCUAUUAACCUUAAGUGUAUUCAUGGCAGACCUCUUUGUACCAAACUGUAUUCCUUUGAAGACCUGCCAUCCCGUGAGCAGAAGCACACCAAAAUCCCAAAUAAAGUGAUCUAAGGCUGGCUUUGAUGGAGGUCGCUCGGCUGCCUGGAACUUUCGGAUUAUUCUCACCAGCUCAUAGAAGGAUUGGUCAACAUUGGUGCGGCUUUUGGCAGAGCACUCAAUGUAAGGGAUCUUGAGUUGUCGGGCAAGGGCGUGAGCUUCCUCAAGGCUUGUCUGUUAAUGAUACAAAGUGUGAUAUAACAUAAGAAUUGAGAAUAAGCAAAGGGUCACAUGUAAUGUAGAUACAUAGGAGAAAAAUGUGUAUAGAUUGAAGGGAACAUUAAAUAAAGAUUCAUAAAAGAGCAUGGAUAGAUAUUAUACAUGUAAUGAAGAUGAUCAAUUUCAGGGAAUACAAUACAUAUGAGCACUGGACAGAAAGUUUGCUAAUUUAAGGGCAAUUGAAUUUUCUCUUCUGAUAUUUGCAUUCAGUUUCCCAUAAAUACAUCCUCCUUAGCAUGGAAAAUGGGCCAUGAUGAAAACAAUAAUAAUAAGAAAGGAAGAUUAAAGAAAAUUUAUAAAUCAUCACUUUCAUUAAGGUUUUUCUGAAAUUUUUCUGUAUUUUUAUAUAUCAUAUGUUCAGUGAUUUUAGAAUAGUAUUUCAAAUGUUACCAUUGCCUUUGUUUAUAUGGUAGAUAACAGCUUUUUCAAUUUCAAGAAAUAAAUGUAUUAAGUAC